GCAACUCUUAACUGCUUACGUGAGCAGCUACAAAUUGUGCAAAAAAGCAAAAGUUGCUGACGGCACGAGGCAGCAGGGCACAACACUUGCCACUAACUCUAAGCACGCUGCACAUGCUGCCACGUGACAGAGCAGGGGGUGUGCCACCUCAGACAAAUGCAGCCGUUCUUCCUGGCAGUAAUAUAAAUAAUACUUUUUUACGUGCCCCAAGAGCUGCACUUCGAAAGCGGACUGUUGCCUGUUCGGCUGCGCCUUAAAUAACUUGAAUAACUUGUCGCUCUGCUUCAGUUUACCAUUACCUGCUGAGAACUUUGACACAAUUUUGCAGUGCUCUCCAGCCCUCCUGUAUUUUUUCCAACAAAACUUAGCUUUAAGUGCAGAGUAAAUUUCCCAAAUCAUAAAUGCGAUGAGCACUUUAUAUAUGACACCAUGGUCGGAGGUGUUUACUGGGAGGCAAAUUUCACGUCUCGCGGUUUCGUGGAUCAAGUCGAUUAUCUCAAUCCAUAUCCCACUUAUGAUGAGUGCCGCGACAAUGUCGAAAAUGAAAGGCCCGCUCAGAUGUUCGUCAAGUUUAUGAACGUUACGGACGAAUUGCCCAUGCUGACUAGUUUAAGACUUCAAUCCGAUUUACUCACCACCCACAACUACAGUUAUCAUUGAACUAAGUAUGGAAGACGCCCCCAGGUUUGAAUGGAGAUCAAACACUAAUCGAAUAAGCAUAAAACAGAGACAAAAAAAAAAGUUACUAUUAAAAAGCCAGCAAAGCCUUUACCCUCGCAGAGGGUAUUAUAAAUUCAGUCAGAACUUUGCCAGGUAGUGAAGGGGAUAUGUCCGACCCCAUAAAGUAUAUAUAUAUUAGCAUCACCUGGAGAGUUAAUCUAGCCAUGUCCGUCUGUCCCAAUUUACGCGAAUUCCUCGGUGUUUAUUAAAAGAAAUUUAACCAGAAAAGUUGUUUCAUAAUAGUAAA